GAGAAAAGAAAAGGCGGCGACCGGGCCGGGCAGGAGAGGCGCGGCGGACGCUGGUGGCGCCGGGGCAGCUGGAAACGAGCGGGCACGGCGGCCAGGGCAGUCCGGGCCGGGGCCGCGCCGGGGCCGCGCCCGCCGAUCUGGCCAUUAUGGAGGAGGAGCAGCAGCAUUCACACUGUGUGAAUUGUGUCAGCAGAAGGUGCAUGACUAGACCAGAGCCUGGCAUUUCUUGUGACUUGAUUGGUUGUUCAUUGGUUUGUGGAGCCGUUUUUCAUUCUUGUAAAGCUGAAGAACAUCGACUUUUAUGCCCGUUUGAACGUGUGCCUUGCUUAAAUAGUGACUUUGGAUGUCCAUUUACAAUGGCUCGAAAUAAAGUUGCUGAACAUCUGGAAACGUGUCCUGCCAGUGUGGUGUGCUGUACGAUGGAGUGGAACCGGUGGCCCGUUAGCUACGCAGACCGGAAAUCCUAUGAGAAUCUCAGUAGAGAUGUUGAUGAAGUAGCACAAUUAGACAUGGCCUUGGCCCUUCAAGACCAACGGAUGCUCUUAGAGUCUCUCAAAGUUGCCACCAUGAUGUCAAAAGCUACUGACAAAGUUUCAGGUCCCAGAGAACAAAUCUCCGUAAAAUCAAGUGUUCCAGAAAUAGCACAUGCCAAUGGUUUGGUAUCUGUUGAUGAAGAAUCUUAUGGUGCACUUUAUCAAGCUACUGUAGAAACAACUAGAAGUUUGGCUGCUGCCUUAGAUAUUCUGAAUACUGCCACAAGAGACAUUGGCCUGUUAAGUACAAAUCUCCGUGCUUCCCCAAAGGAAAUGGAUGAGGAACAGAAUGCUGGAGAAAACUUACAGAAUAGAAAUUCAAAAGACCAAGACGGGCUUGAUGAGGAUGAAAUUGGAGCAGUGGGUGGAAUUGACCAUGACACAAGUCUGAAUGCCCAAUCCGAACAGAAUGGUUCAAGUGAUUUAUUAUGUGACUCGAAUAGCAAUUCAUAUGGAACUUCUGCUCUUUGUAAUGGCUUUCCUUCGGGAAACAUAUGUACACGUGUCCUAGACCAGGAUGAGGACUUGCACGGGGAUUCAAAACAAAGUACCUUGACAAAUGGAGAAUGUGUAGCAUCAGAUGGCAUUGCAGAUCCUCCUGGCGCACUCUCAGAAGCAGUGCAGCUUCGGGAAGUUAUACCGCCCAACACUUUACCCAAUGGCACAGUUCAGCAUAUCCUCCUGCCCAGCGAAGAGGAUGAAGGGGAAUUGUAUUGGCGAAAAAUAGGCUUAGGAGACUUGAGAAAUUUAGAUGCCUUACCUAUCAGUCAUACGCCUUCCUUCAAAUUUAUUUCUAAUUCACUAUGGUCGAAGCCAAAGGAAGAUAAAGCAGUUGAUACAUCAGAUUUGGAAGUCGCUGAGGACCCAAUGGGCCUCCAAGGAAUAGACCUCAUCACAGCAGCGUUACUGUUUUGUCUUGGAGAUUCUCCAGGUGGGAGGGGCAUAUCUGAUAGCCGCGUGGUUGAUGGUUAUCACAUUGACUUUGGGACACAGACUUUCUCCCUUCCAUCUGCAAUACUAGUUACAAACACAAUGGUAGGGGAAAUAGCUUCGGCUUCAGCUUGUGAUCAUGCCAACCCACAACUUUCAAAUCCAAGUCCUUUUCAGACACUUGGGCUGGAUUUAGUAUUGGAAUGUGUCGCUCGGUACCAGCCCAAGCAACGUUCAAUGUUUACAUUUGUUUGCGGACAGUUAUUUAGAAGGAAAGAAUUUUCAUCGCAUUUUAAGAAUGUACAUGGUGACAUUCAUGCCGGACUCAAUGGUUGGAUGGAACAGAGGUGUCCUUUAGCAUACUAUGGUUGUACCUAUUCCCAGCGCAGAUUUUGUCCUUCAACACAAGGAGCGAAGAUUAUACAUGACCGCCAGCUGAGGUCAUUUGGAGUCCAGCCGUGUGUUUCUACAGUAUUAGUGGAGCCUGCUAGAAACUGUGUGUUGGGGUUACGUACUGACCACCUGAGCAGUCUUCCUUUCGAAGUCCUGCAGCAUAUUGCAGGCUUUCUGGAUGGGUUCAGCUUAUGCCAGCUCUCAUGUGUGUCCAGGCUCAUGAGGGAGGUGUGCGGCAGUCUGCUUCAGUCUCGGGGAAUGGUCAUACUGCAGUGGGGGAAAAAGAAAUCUCCAGAAGGAAACUCAUCAUGGCAGAUUAAAGAGAAGGUAUGGCGAUUCAGUACUGCGUUUUGUUCUGUUAAUGAAUGGAAGUUUGCUGACAUCCUCAGUAUGGCCGAUCACUUGAAGAAGUGCAGUUACAAUAUUGUAGAGAAACGGGAGGAAGCAAUUCCACUGCCCUGUAUGUGUGUGACGCGAGAGCUCACUAAAGAAGGACGUUCACUUCGAUCGGUUUUGAAACCUGUACUUUAAAAACUGUAACUCCACUUGCACAUGCAAACACCUAGUAUAAUUUUCUUUGUAAUAUGAAACACUUUAUUAAUGUAUUAAAUAUUACAACUAGCUAAAUUUAUUGUCACAAUGUACAUAAUGUUUUGAAGUGACGUAUAUUUUUAUAAAGUUACUGUUUAGUUGGAAAAAAGUUGCCUUAAUGUUUGAAAUGUGUGAAAUUGCUGGACAGGGUGAUUUAAUUUUUAGCUACAUGAUUUUUAGAAUUAGUAUUUCUACUGGUGUGCGUAUUUUGGUUCUUAAAUAUUUUGCUUCUUGAACUAACAUGAUCCUGACCAAACACUCGUUUCUUCUUUUCUGUGGGUUGUAACCCAGACAUUCAAACAGCAAAACUUUGAUUCAGAUUUUUUUCAGCCUUGGUUUUUCAGAUAAAAACUUUUCAGUUUUUUAAGCACUUAAGCACUAACAUAAGAUCAUUAUAAAGUUUUACAUUUUCAUUUUCUAGUGCUUCCCUUACUCUGCUUUCAUAAUAUUAGAAUCAUAAUUACUAUUUGGUAAUGUUACUUAUCAAGGUUUUUAAUAACAGUAUUUUUGCUUUAGUACUUACACUCUAAUACAGGUGUGACCUUUGGCAGCUUUGUUUUUGAUCAGAUUCUACAUCCAAAGACUCAUAGUAAUGUGUUAAAUAAUAGUUAAGGUAAAAACAAAAGUCCUGCGAAUUUAAUUUGGACCUGUUCAUGGUAUUCGCUAGGUACCUGGUAUUUGGAGAGAAGAAAACAAUACCUCAUUUUAAGCAUGAACUCGGCAUAAUGUGUGAAUAAACUUCAAAUAUUCAGAAUGCAAAAGGGAUAAAGUUUUUCAUAAGCUUUAAAUUUUUUGUCAUCUGGGGUUUAAAAGUUAUGUUUUAAGACUUUUAAAAUGUGAAAUUUGAUACCAUUUUGAGAUGACAAUUGUGAAAAGCAGAAACCUAUUCUUUGUCGACAAUCUCUUUAAAAUAUUUCUAGGUUAAUUUCCCAGACUUCUGUACCAAAACACAUUGACUUUGUCAAAAAGUCUAAAUAGGACAGAAACAAAGACCUGUACUGAUUUUGUUACAGUUUAAAAUUUGAUUUCUACUAUUAUUAACCUGAUAUGUUCAGUAAGGAAGAGUAAGGCUGUGGAUUAUUUAUUUACAAAUAGCUCAGUGGUAGAGCGCUUGACUCGUACAUGGUUUAAGACUUGAAAUUCAGUCACCUACACCAGGGGACUGAAAAAGAAGAAAUGCAAAGAAUGAAUAUCAGUUUCUAAAAAUCAUAAAAUGGGUUUGUGUAUUUAAUACUUAUUUCAAGAUAAUUUCUGACAUCUUGUAAUCUGACUUUUUGACAAGUUACGUGUUAAAAACUUGACUUUCUUCCUAUACUUGCCCCUGAAAGUGCUCCAGAAUUAGGGGGUUCUUGAUUCCCAUAGAUGGCAGCCAGGCCAGGAAGAGACAAAUUUCGAACUAUUUAGACUUGGAUUGGGUUUAGUUCUUAUUAUUGUCAAAGUAUAAGACAUUGAAGACUCAUCAGUUGUUUUGUCUCACCUGUUAGUAAACUCAUGCUUGCAAGUUUCCAAUUAUGAAACUGAAUAUACACACAAUCUAUUUAUUUCUGUGCAAAAGUAAAGCAUAAGAUGUUAGAUAUCUUCGUAAAGAUACAACUACAAAGAUAUCACUGUAACAUACCACUUUGUCUUCUAAAGUUUUGCUGAAGAAUGUGCCUAUGGUUAGGAUAGCACAAGCAUCAAUGUUUCAUGGUUGUGUUUUUUUUUUUUUUAGUGCUUUAUUUUCUAGUUCAGGUCUUGUUUGCACACUGGAUCAUGAGAUAUUUAAUAUUUUACCACCUUACAUUUCUUUUACACAUCUCUGUUAUGCCACCAUCAAUUUUGUUAAAAAAAUGUUUUGUUGUGCAACAUUUGUCCAAAUUCAAAUAAAAUUAAUAUUUCUCUUUAUAUGGCUCAGUAACUUAAAAAGAAAAGCUUUCAUUUAAAUAAAAUUGUAAUACUGGUUUGACAAAUUUCAAAAUAGUCAUAUUGUUUUGUAUUGUGAAUUUUUUGCAUGUUGUAGCAGUUUCUUGUUGAUUAUCAUUGUCCACCCUUGUUUUACUGGUCAGCGUUUAAUUUUUUUUUUUAAAUUUUUUAACUAUGUUUGCUUUCUCUAUCCCUUUAAAGGUCUUCUUAAAGUAAGGAUAUUGAAUUUUAAUUUAUCAAUAUUGAAUAUUGAUCUUUUAAGGAUAUUGAAACAGUAAAAAAGUUUCUGGAAAUACUGCUUUUGUAAAAAUUGGAAAUGAUCAAAUCAGUCCUCUAAGCAUGAAGAGACUUUGGUUGAUCAAGUAAGUUGUCAUUUGGGAAGAGUUUGUUGAAUCCUUAGUCUGUGUUAAGCAGCAAGGAAAAGGGUCCAUAUCAGGAUAAAGAAACAUACUUAAAUUUAUUUUAUUCUUUAUCGCUCUCUCAAGUUCCUGCUAGCUUGAAUCUGUCUCUCUCUAAUUGACUUUUGAAACAAUCAGAUGCUUAAAGUACUGGUUCUUAGUAGUAGUAAUUAACCUCUGAAGUAGUCAUUAGGGAAUUUGUAGAAAUGCAAAUUUUAGACCUUUCCCCAGACCUAAUGAACCAGAGCCUCCUAUGGAAACCAGCCAGUGAUCUAACAAAGGUUAGAUCACCUCCAUGUCAUCCUGAUAUACGCACUUUGAGAACUUUGGAAUGGAUUUAUGUGUGUAUGUAAAUACAUCUGUAAUCCAAAGUCAAUAGUAAUUUAUUAAUUGUAACUUGUGUUUCUCAAUUUUAUAGCCUUAUACAGAAUAUAUUGGGUACUGUGGUUAUUCAACAUUUAAACAGGACUUGUAUUCACUAGUAUUUUAAAUUUGUUACUAGUAUUUUAGUAGUGUUUGGUUCACGUUAAAUUGUGAGAUUUUUAUUGCUCAUUAGCAUUUAGCUUAGCCAUUAUUUGCAUUCUUGUUUAGUGGUUGCAAAGUCAUGUGAACAUAGUAGAUUUCUAGAGAAAGCUAAGAGUAGAAGUAGAUGAAUAUUGGAUUGAAUUCCAUGGAAAUAUUUGUAGAAAUACUCUCAAUCCUAUCAGUAAGAGAUAUUAAUGGUUGGGUUUCUGGAUUAUCAGUAAUAUAGAAUUAUUUUGGCCUUUGAUUCUGUGCUACCCUGUGUUGUCAAUGUCAUUCUUAUUAUUCUCCCUAAUAGAUUUUAUUAUAGUUGAAGAUGGCAUUUCAAUAAAACAUUCCUGUUCUUCGAAGAUACAGCAAUUUAUAUCAUUGGUAAUAGAUUUUUAAUCUGGCAUUUUGAAUGUAGCUUUUGGCAUUUUGCACUUCAAACUGAAAAAAAGGGGUUAUUUUUUGAAAGGAGUUAUUAUGCAAACAUUAAAACAAUUGUUUCUUGCAUAAUAACACAUUGGAAGGUGAUGUGAUUAGAACCUGCAAAGUUGGGAGUGUAAAAUUGUGGUUAAAAAAAAACCAAAAAAAACAGUUGACCCUUUUUCUUUUAAAAGGCUGUACCAAAAAAAUACUUUUGUUGGAAAGAAUUCUAAUACAUGUUUGCUUAUUUAAAUUCUGUUCUAGGCAGUCUUACUUAUUCAGCUGAUGAGGUCAAGAUGCAAGAAUUAGUUAUAUAUUCUUUUAAAAAACCACAAAACCCAUUUGUGACUUGUUUACUGUACUUAAAAUAACUCAGUGAUGGGUUUGUUAGGAUUUCGUCUAAGUCUGAUUUCCAAAACAAAAUUUAUAAGGCCAACAUUACUGAACUUUCUAAAUAAGACAAGAGGAAGGCUAGUUCUCUUCACAUUCACUUUUUAUGCAAGUAUUUUCUUUCAUUUAAAAAAUAAAGAUGCAAACAAGAGAGCCUUUCAUAUUUUCAUUGUAUGAAUGAAGAAAUAGGUCCUCAAAGCUUAGGUAUUCAUCAAUGUAUGGUGUAUUUGAGAGAAAUGGCCAGUUUACCCUUCUGUCAUAUUACAAAUGCAGAAAGAGAAGAUACAUUUAAGUGUAUGAAAUAACUUUGGAAAAUAUUGUUACAUAUAAAAUUUGAUUCCUAGUGUACUGUAAAGUAUUACUAGGUUAUACCAAAAUGUAGAAAUGAACAGUAUGAUAUGUUGCUCUGAAAUUUCUCCCCAAACUAGGGUCUUUUGCCACUUUAUUAUGUUUUAUUGCUUCUGUGAUUGAUAAAAUUUUAUAAAUGUGUUAUUUAUACAUAAGUUUAUUUACAUGUGUCAUCUUCAGAAGUUGGCCAAGUAGAUGUUAACACAUCUUGAGUUUUCAUGGAGAUAACACAUCUUGGGGUGCUUAUUUUUUUAACCUUAGAACAUUACAAAGUGUAUUCAUGAUAGUUAAUAUUUCUAUGUAUUAUGUGGGAAAUGACUUAAUGACUGGGUUUCUGUAUUAUCAGUAAUAUAGAAUUAUUAACACUACAAAAUGAAAAGUUCAAUUUAUGCACUUUGAAAGUACAGUAAAACUUAUGAAUCAUUUUAAUGCUUGCUGUACUAAAGCAUCUGUCUUUAUAAUUAAAAAUUUUUCGAAGUCAAAUGAUAUGUGGAAUAGAAAGAUAUGCUGGGAUUUUUUUCUUACUAACACCAAUUAAAAUUUGAGCACUCCCAAAUCAAUCAUUAAUCCCAUUAGCAUGUAAAUAUGAUAGGAACUGAUUCUUCAGUACAUAAGUAGUAUUGGUAAGAUUAGUGUAUGUGUUUGGAAGUCAUAGAACUAUUUCUGUAAAUGCUCCCAAUUUGAAAAAGGUUAAAUAGUUCUUAGCCAGUGAAAGCAAAUACAUCACAUUUAAGCAAAUACAUCACAUUUAAUUUUUACUUUUUUCCUUAAUAUAAAUUGCUAGUUGUACCAUACACCUCCUCCCCCAGCUAAAGAAUAUUAUUCUUAAACAGGUAAUUUGAUAAGUAAUAUUAAUUUUCUUUGGCAGAAGAACUGACUAGAGCUACGUAGUGUUUCUACAACUUCUGGUCAUAGAAUAUCAUUAAUUGCUACAUUAUUAUCCAGUAGUUGAAUAGAGAUGAUUUAUUAUUGCCUGCAAGGAUGAUAAUUUAAAGGAGGUUAUGCCCUUUGUCAAGAUUUUUUUUUUUCAUGUCACACCUUUCCAUAUUGUCAAUGUUUAUCCCAUGACUUCAGUUUUCUGACAGGUGAUCAGAGAAUGAAGUUUCAGUACAUAUAAUUUUCCUAAGCGUGUACUGCCAAGUAGCUUAUGUUUAGUAGUUCAGGUUAGUAGGUUUAGAUUUGAUAAGAUAACUUAUUCAGGUUCUUUUAAAGUCUCACAGUUCACAGAUUUGUAGUAUUUAUUGUAAAACUGAAAUUUUAGCACUCAGGUUUAUUCAUAUUAUUUGAUAUUAAACGAUAUAAUAUUAAAUCACAUAUGGAAACUGUAAUAGCACUCCUAUUCAAAAGUAAUAUUGCCCAAUGAUUAUUUACCUAUAUCAGCCAGAUAAAGUAGUAUUUUCAUAAAAAUAUUUCUCAAGGAUUUGAAGCAAAGGUUAUUGAUUUCCGCUCUAUAUUCAGUUGCUUUGUGACAAACCUCUAAUGCAAAAUAAAUUGCUUUGAAUGCUUAAAAAAUUAGGGGACUUAAAUUCUAAAUGUUUUUGCUGCAUUAAAAUGUUAGAGUUGUUUAUUUAACCAAUGUUUAAGUAUCAAUUUGUCCUGAAAACUUGACUUGCAUUCUGCAAGGUAUUUGCACUGAUUCACCCUCUUACCUCAGAUGUCAAUAAACUUCCAACAUAUUUUCCUUUCUUAUGAUUUAUGUUGAUAGUGGCUUUUCCAUGAAUGCAGAAUGACAUGAUGUUUUCUUAAAAAAUAUUCUAAGUAAGAAAAAGAUAGGUAAAAAAGGGACACAUACUGUAUAAUUCCAUUUGUAUGAAAUAAUCCAGCAUACACCAGUCUACAGAAAAAUCAGAUUCGUGUCAUGCAGGUGCUGGAGAAAGAGAAUCGUGGAAAGUGACUGCUUAAUGGGUACUGGUUUUCUUGGAAUGAAAAUUAAAAAAAAAAAAACCCAUAGAAUAAGACAGUGAUGAUGAUUGUACAACAUUGUGAAAAUACUGGAUACUUUAAAGUAGUAAAUUUAUGGUUUGCAUAUUUUACCAUAACUUACAAUAGGAGGGAGGGUGGCUAGCAGUCAUUACCAACGUGAAAAAGAAUGCUUCAGGCUUGUGAAAUGCUCAAGAUAAUGAGAGUCAAUUUGCAGCAUUACUGAUGUGACAUUUAUAAAGUUCUAAUGAAAAGCCUAAAUCCCUUCACAGAAUCACUGCUGUCAAUAGCAGAAAUAAGGUGUAAUUCACAAUUUUCUUAUAUUUAAUACAAGAGGAAGUGACUUACAUUGUCAAUGUUCAUUUUUUAAAUCUUUUUUUGUUUUAUUAUGAUUCUAGAAUGCACAUCUUAAUCUCUUUCUAAAGAUGUUUUUAAAAUCAUGCUUUAAAAAAUUUUGUAUCAACUUCAGGGUUUUUUUUAUAGUUUUAUACUUUGUUUCUUUUAAAGGACAGAUAACAAUGAACAUGAGACUAAAUAAAAUUGAACUGAUGUA